AUGGGCACACGCCUGGCUCCGGGCGCCUUUUCGCUGCGCUCGCACCGCUCAUGCUGGCGCUUUGGGCACAGAGAGCCCCCGGGUGCAGCCUGGGGCUCUAGGGUGUCCCUUGCCCUCGCGCCCCCGCCCGCGUCCUCGCCCCGGCGCCCGCGGCCGCCUCGACUUACCCGCGGAGUCCGGGGAGGCAGUGGGAGCACCGCCUUCACGCCCGCGGAGGAGGCGCCGGCAGCACCAUGGUCCCCGGCGCCACUGCCGCUGCCCCUUGCCCGCUUGCUCGCCGCGCGCUCUCUUCCUCUUGCAAACUUUCGGGUUCUGCGGUCGACAAGAAACCGGGGCGACCCUCAGCAAGUCUUCCCGGUGCAGAGAGAGAGGACAACGGGCUCGGAGUACCCGCGAGGGCGCGUGGAGGGAAGAGAGGAUGUGGCUCAGGGAAUCCCUGCAAGGAUCCCGAGAUGGGGAAAUCGCCCCGAGCCAAAGUCUCACCACCUUCCCCGGGAUCUUACAAAGUUGCAACAACAAAAAAGGAGGGGGGAGGGAAGGAGGAAGGGGGUGGGAAAGGGAUACGAUCUCAGGCGCAAGGUUUGGAGUUACAACUGUUUAUUUAGUCCUUAUUCUCACAGGGGGCGGGAGCUGCGCGGGAAUGGGGGGGCUGCUUGCAGCGAUUUCGAAGCAAACACUUGGGAGGGGGCAUGCGACUUUGUUUCUGGGCGCGGAGCUCCCCGGCGCCCGCGUGUUAUCGCCGCCAGUCUCCGGAGACCGAGGCGGAGCUCACAACAGUGGCGGAAACAAGGCAGGAGGCGGCUUGGGAAAAAGUGGAGCAGAAAUGGAAAAAUACAAACUCACCCGCUGCAAAUGGUCUCUCGGUGCAAACUAAGGUGUUUUCGGGCCUUUCCCCGCGCGCGCCCACUCCCGCCCGCGCGCGCACCCCCGCGCACACACUCACUCGCUCACACACACUCGCGCACACACGCGCGCACACACGCACUCCCGGGCGAGGGCCGGGCCGCCGCGAGUACAGCAUGCAACCGCCACACAAUAAAUAACAAUAGAUUCCUCCGCUCCGGACUAGCUUUCCGGAGCCCAGCCAGCGCCAGUGGCGGCGGCAGGGGCGCGGGCAGCGCCGGGCUGGGGGCGCUCCCCAGCCCGCCCCCCGGCCUCCUGCCAGGGCCCCCUCUCCGCCUCACGCACCCCCAAGGCCCGCCAGCGCCCCCAGAGCGCAAGCCGCCACCCCCACUCCCCGGGCCACUCGGGUGCUGGCGCGCACCCCCCCCUCCCCCCGGCCUCCCGGAACAAAUAAAUAAAUAA